AUGACACUUAGCUUUGAGUUAUUGAAUUUGAGACCUACAUUUAUGAGAUUUGACAUAUGGCCAUUCGUCAUUGGUUAUAUUGCUUUGUAUUCUUGGUGGAGUACUUUAGAUGAAGAAGCCCCUAUAGAAACAAAUCCAUUAAUGGAAAAAAUAAAUAAAGCUACAUUCUAAGGAGCUGAAAGUAUAUUUUAAAGUUAUAUAUAGUUUAUAAUGAUGAAGUAUAUUAUGAAUCAAUGGAAAAUAUUUAUGCAAGAUUAACAUUCAUUGGUUUAGUGUUUUUUCAUUCAUUAGUAUACAUGAGUUCAUAUUGGUCAGUUUAAAUGAAAUCUAAAAUUAGAUAUUAUUCAGGAGGGAAUAAACUUAUUUUAAAUAAUAUUAGAAAUUACAAAUAUUGCAAAGUCUUAUUUAUUAAACAAUAAAAAUCUUAUAGUGAUAUAGUAUUAAUCCAUUCAGAUUAAACAAAUAAAUUUUGGAUUUACUUUAUGGAAAACAAAUAUUUUUAUGAUGAAACUAAAGAAUUAUUUGUCAGAUUAAAACCAAAUGUAAAAUUUAAUCUUGAGAAUUUGGAAAGAUAAUAAAAAACAGAAGAAUAUGAAAAGAAUUCUUUAUUAAUUCCAAUGAAGAAGUUUAAUGAAGUUUUAAAAGAAUAAUUAAUGGAACCCUUUUCAUUCUUUUAAAUUUUUAGUGUUUCCUUAUGGUUAUUAGAUGAAAGUAGGAUUUAUGCUUUAUUUACUUUAUCUAUGCUUUUUGUUACAUCAUGUACUGUAGUAAUUUAAAGAAUGAAAACAAUGCUAACUCUUAGAUAGAUGAAAUUGAAUCCAUAAUUGAUCACAGUUUAUAGAAAGAAUUAAUGGACAAAGAUUUCUUCAGAACUAUUGAUUCCUGGGGAUAUUGUGAUAUUAUAAACAGCUGAAUAAAUAAAACCUGCUGUUAAAGAUAAUAAUAGUAAUGAUGAUGAGUAAUUCUUAAGAGAAUAGAUUCCAUUUUCUAAACAUUUACCACCUAAAUUAUUUUAAGUUGAAACUAUGAAUGUUGAUUCCUAUAAAUCUGUUCCAUGUGAUAUUUUAUUAUUAAAUGGUUAAGUAGUAGUAAAUGAAUCAAUGUUAACUGGGGAGAGUGUACCAUAAGUUAAAGAAGGAAUCAAUAAACAUUAAAAUGAACAUUUAGAUAUUAAAAAUAAACAUAAAUCGAAUGUUAUCUUUUGUGGAACUGAAAUCAUACAAUUAUAAGGUAAUACUUAGUAUCCAUAAUUUAUCAAUAAUGAUUAAAAUUAAUCUCAUUGUUUAGGUUUAGUAUUGAGAACAGGAUUUGAUACUGCAAAAGGAAAAUUGAUUAAAACUGUAUUUUAUAAUAAUGAAAAUGCAAAUGUUAAAUAAACAGAUGGAUUAUUUAUAGUUGUUGUUUUAUUAAUCUUUGCAUUAAGUGCUAGUGCUUAUGUUUUAAUGAAUGGACUUUAAGAAGAAUCUAGAAAUAAAAAUAAAUUAUUUAUAAGAUGUAUUCUAAUUGUAACUACUGUUGUCCCUCCUGAACUUCCUAUGAUUUUAUCUAUCGCUGUAAAUUAAUCCUUAGCUUUAUUACAAUUAAGAAAAAUAUUUUGUACUGAACCUUUCAGAAUACCAUUGGCUGGUAAAGUAGAAGUCUUGGCUUUUGAUAAAACUGGAACAUUAACUAAUGAUACUUUAUUAUUUACAGGAAUUGUAGAUAAUUGUGUCCAUAGGAGUGUAAAAUCUAAAAGUGAUUGUUCUUUAUAUUGCUAACAAAUUUUAGCUGGUUGCCAUUAAUUAAUCUAUGCAGAUAAUAAAUUACAAGGUGAUCCUAUUGAAUUACUAUUUUUAUAAUAAAACAAUUAAUGGAGUUAUUAAACUUAAUAAAAGUAUGCCUAAAAUAGAGAUUUAGGACUAUCACUUUAUUAAAAAUAAGUAUUUUCAUUCAAAAGUGAUUUAAAAAGAAUGAGUACUGUUGUCUAAGUUGAUUAAAAAGGAGAUAGACAUUAUAGAUUAUUAGUUAAAGGAGCACCAGAAGCAUUAUAAUCACUAUUUUAAGAAGUUCCAGAUGAAUAUGAAUAUUGUUAUUAACAUUAUUCAAAUUUAGGAUACAGAGUAUUAUGUUUGGCUGAUAGAGAAAUUAAAGAAUUUGAUAAUCAAGAGAGAGAGGAAUUAGAAAAGAAUUUAAUAUUUCGUGGAUUUCUAAUUUGUGAAUCCCCUCUAAAAACAGAUACUUAAUAAUGGAUUAAAAAAUUCAAGUCUAGUUAUUUCUAACCAAUUAUUAUUACAGGAGAUAAUUUGCUUACUGCUAUUGCUGUUGGUAAAUAAUUAUAAUUACAUGAUAAUAAAAAGACUUAUAUUUUAGAUUAUUAAGAUAAUAAUUAUGUAUUAAUAGAACAUGGAACUAAAAAUACUAAAAUUUUGAAUAAUUUAGAAUAGGAAAUCAAAUAAUCGGAAGGAAUGUUAUGUAUUUCAUCAUAGAUUAUGGAAAAAUUAGAAGAUUCUCAUUUAUUAAAACUUAUUAUUAAUUUUUGUAUUUUUGCAAGAAUGUCACCUAAAUAGAAAGAAACAAUUAUUAUAUAAUUUAAAAAAUAAGGUAAAGGAGUUUUAAUGUGUGGAGAUGGAACAAAUGAUGUUGGUGCUUUAAAAAAGGCAGAUGUAGGAAUUGCCUUGGUUACAAAUUAAGGAGAAGAAUAAAAAGAAGAUGAAGAAGAGGAAGAGAGAAUUGCUAAUUUAUCAUUUACAGAAUAAUUAAAAUAAGUUAAAAUAUAAUAAGAAGAAUUAAGAAAGAAAAUGAAUGAGGCUAAAGGAGAUAAAGAAAAAAUGAAGAAUAUUGCUAAUUAACAUAUGUAAUAAUAAGCAGCAGGAUUAUUUGAUAUGGGACCUAGUUAUAAAUUUGGUGAUGCUUGCAUUGCAGCUCCUUUUACAUCUAAAAUGUCUACUAGCAUACGAUGUGUUCAUACUAUUUUAAAAUAAGGAGUUUGCACAUUAGUAACUACAAUAUAAACUUAUAAAAUUAUGGCUUUAUAAAGUGUAUUAAAUGCAUAUUCUUUAAGUGCUUUGCAUAUGUAAUCUUUAAAAAUGAGUGAAACAUAAAUGACUUUAAUGGGUAUAUUGGGAGCAGCCUAUUAUUUUUGUUAUUCUUCUGCUAAACCUUAAAAGACUUUAUCUAAAAUUAAACCAAGCUUUUCUAUUUUUGAAUUUUCAUUUUUCAUUUCAUUAACACUCUAAGUUAUCUUACAUAUCUGGUCUAUGCAUUAUGCUAUUCAUCAUAUUGCUAUGCCAAAUAUGACUGAUAUUGAAAAGGAAAUUAAAAAUGACACUGAAUUCAAACCAACUUUCUUAAAUACAACUGUCUUUUUAUUACAAUUACUAUAAUAAAGUUGUAUAUUUUUAUUUAAUCAUCCUGGAGAACCACAUAUGUAGAAAAUUGAUGUGAAUUCUAAAUUUUUCAAAAGCUUAGUAAAAAUUUAUAUUAAUUUAUUUAGUUUAUUCCUCUUGUUUUGUGUAUAAUAUCAGCAUUUAAUUAUAGUGAAAUGUUGAAUUCUUAUCUUGAAUUAACAUUCCCUUCAAGUGAAGAACCAAGUGUACAAUUAACUAUGUUAUGUUUGUUUGUAACCAUAACUAAUUGGUUAAUAGAGAAAGGAACAAAAACUUUAAAAUAUAAAAAAUGGUAUGGAUUUAUUUGAUAAUGAGUUUAUAAAGAUGUUUGAUUUAACAAAAUAUACCGA